AUGUCUAACAAGAUCCCACCGUUCCCAUCCGAUGUGCCGGUGGCUGACAUCGCCACGGUCGAUUUCGAUCUUCUAUCCCAAGGAGAUCCAGAGCAAGCCCGAAUACUGCUUCACUCGUGCCAGAACUAUGGCUUCUUCUAUCUGUCCAACCACCAUGUGGACUCGCGCUUCAUGUUCAAUCUCGCCGACGCCGUCUUCUCCCUGCCUCUGGACGAGAAACUCAAGUACGACAUGGGCACCACGGGCCACUACUACGGCUACAAGCGGUCUGGUGCCAUGUUCGUCGACGACAAGGGCACAAAGGACCACAGUGAGUUCUACAACGUCUCCAAGGACGAGGUCCUGGGGAUCCCGCAGCCGGCAGCGGCAGACGGGAAGCCACGAAAAACGGUAACAGGUCACCACCCCCAAGUCGUCCUAGACCGCUUCGACGAGCUCAAGACGUUCAUGAAAUCGUGUCACAAUGUCAUAUACACCAUCGCGACUUCUUUGGGGAAGUCGCUAGGGUUGCCAGAGGGCCUUCUAGAGUCUCUGCACGAGCUUGAGAAGACGUCUGUCGACCAGGCCCGUGUCACUUGCGCACCACCAGUCAGACCAGCCGAGACCAUCACUCUGGGUGAACAUACCGAUUUCGGCAGUGUCACAGUCCUCUUCAACCAGCUGGGGGGGCUUCAGGUGCUCGCUCCAAACAAGCGAGACUGGGAGUACGUACGGCCGCGGCCCGAGUGCGCCGUGAUCAACCUGGGCGACAGCUUGAUCAAGCUGCUGGGAGGUCGACUGUACAGCGCGGUCCACCGCGUCGUUGUACCGCCGGGGGAGCAGGGAGAGUGCAUGCGCCACAGUGUGGUCUACUUUUCGCGCCCAAACUCCAGUGUCAAGUUGCGCGAUCUCUUCCAGUAUCCCUCGGCAGAGGACGUGGUCAAGCUGGAGAAGGCGUCAGGAGAAACUCUCCUGAACGCCGAUGAAUGGGUCAAGCAGCGGGCGCACAACUGGAACACGGCGCAGUACAAGGGCAGAGAGUCGUACAAAUUGAGUCGGGGCACGGAGCACAAUCGGGAUUGGGAUGCAGACCCUGCCAAGUUAGAUCAGCAGCGUCCAAAGGCGGUCAAGGCUGCGUGA